UGUCAUCUCUCCCAAUUACUAAGCGCCCCUUUGUCCUCUGUCUAUGCCCAGCCAGCCAGCGAUACUCAUGGCGGCUGCACCAGUCAAACAGCGCUCGGGAACAAGAGCUCAGCUCCCUCCCUGCUACUACGAAGGAUACCUGGAAAAACGGGGACCGAAAGAAAAGAUCUCUCGGCGGUUGUGGACCUGUCUGUGUGGGAACACCCUCUUCUUCUUUAAUAAUGCCAAGGACACUCAUUAUGUGGAGAAGAUGGAUCUCAGUGGCUUUGUCUCACUCAAAGACGACUGCAGCCGAGACAGAAACCUGGAGGCAGCUAGACUCAUACUGCGCAUGAAGGAUGGCGAGACAAAACUCACAGUUGCCAAUCUAGAGGCUCGAGAGCUAUGGAAGGGCUUCCUCCAAUCUGUCGUAGAUCUGAGUGUGCCUAGCUGUCUGACAUUGCUGCCGGGGCAGGUGCAGAUGCUGAGAGAGGUGGUGGACCGAGAAAGGAACAGACGCAGAGCAGCACGCACCCCCACCCGCGCUCCCCCCUCACCCCUAUCAGUACCUCUACUAGGGGAGAUCCCAUCGUGUUUCCGGCCUGUGUCGAGGACUGAGGCAGAAGUUCUGUUAGAGAGACAUCCAGACUGUGGCAACAUGCUGCUGAGGCCCGGCAGAGACGGAUCUUCAUUGGCUGUCACCACCCGCCAGGAUCUCAACGGGUCAGUGUUCAGACACUAUCGUGUGACUCAGAGAGAGCAGGGAGGAUAUGUGAUAGACGUUGAGAACCCAAUUCCCUGUGCUACGCUUCAUGAUGUCAUCGAUGCGCUGGUGGAGAAGACAGCAGGAACCCUUCAGCCCUUUCUUCUGGAGGAACCUUAUGAGGAGAACAUCACAUUUGUUUCGUCCAAUGAAGAGAAUGGAGAGAGAAUAUUACACUGUGCCCCUUCCAGCCCACUACCCAAAGCCCCUGCCCUACCCCCCAAACAAGGUACCCAGAAAUCCUACCACACACACACACACACACACACACACACACACACUAACCGCUCUGUUUGUCCUGGUGUAGAGCGAUGGAAACCCCUACCCAGGUCUCCCGCUCCCGACCGCCGUAUUCUGUCAGCUGUGACAUCACCAGUACCGUCAUCACCCAGCAGCCCAAUGAGACGGCUUGUUCUCUCCCCCUCCCCCCUCCUCGCACAAAGCCUCACAGAGGAGCUCAAAAUGAAACUGGAGAAGAGACGGACCAGUCAGGAUUGACUUCCUGUAAUUUCUCAGCCAACUAGCGGUCAAAACUCUUCCACCAGCAGCAGCAGCUUUCUUCUCUUCCUGUGCCUUCUGAUUGGUGGACUACAGAAUAGGUGGUCCUCAUGGAUCACAGUUCUACAGUACCUUUCAAAGUGUUUCCCACCAUGUUUGGGUAACAUCUUAUCCACCUGAGUUGUGUUCAGCAGCCUAAAUUGCAGCCUCAAAACAGUUUUCAAGAAGGGAUAACAAGUGGGGUUGAGCAUUAGAUGAGCACACAAAUACAAAGGACCAAUGACUGAGCCUGUCACUCCAUUGUUCCGAUUGAGCCAACGUGUCUGUUGUCCUGCUGCUGAUGUAACUGACGCCACACUGGAGAUUAGAAAGAGUGACACCAAAAGCUUGAGAAACCAGACUAGAGAGAGAGACUAGAGCGGUAGUCACCAACCCUGGUCCCGGAGUGCUACUGGGUGUGUGUGCAGGCUUUUGUUCAACCCCAACACUAACACCUGGAUCAACUAAUUAAAGUCUUGAUAAAUUAAAUCAUGUGUGUUAUUGCUGGGCUGGAACAAAAGCAUGCACACCUUGAACCUGUACAUCACUGCAGACCUUCCAGGUCCUGGGUUAAUGACUACUGGAUUAGAGAUAAACAUGUGUAGUUGUUUUUGUGCAUCGAGAAUGCCAACACUCUAAUCUAUUGUAUUAUGUUGGUGCAAUGACGGUAUGGUGCUCCACUUGACUAAACCUUCUCUACUGUGUGUGUCGUUGCUACAACUCACGUAAAACCUUAUUUUCUAGUGUGUGUGUGUGUGUGUGUGUGCGUGCGCGCUAGGCCUAGGCUAUUGUUAGCCGACUAUUCUCAACUAAACUCCAUGAUUCACAAUGGAGUUGAGCAGCAAUUAGUGUAGGCGGACUGGAGCUCAAAAACAAUUGAUUUUAGCACCCAAGGAAUAGCAGCAAUUACACAGAACAAUGUUGUGUGUAAUUGCAGACUAUUCUUUGGGUGCUGAAAUCAGUAGAUCUGGAUAAAAACGUAAUUUUGUGUGAUGUCGGAGCUCCAGUCUGCCUAAACUAGUCACCACUCAACUCCAUUUUAAAUUAUGGAGUUGAGUUUAAUCGGCUAGGCUACUGUGUGAUACUAUGACCUACUGGUGCUAGGACACUUUUUACUCCGCAAAGGUUCUUUGUCCUGUUGCAACAAAUAACAAAGUAUGAAAGUAUUUUAAUUUAGGCUUACUGUACACCAUUGAUUGCAUUUGCUCCUCUUGUUCUUUGGUGUUGUGGGCUGGUACACAAGCACAAUCCAGUGGAACUCAAACCCUGUGAUCAUUGGCUGAUUUGUUCAGAGGGAGUGCAUCCUCUAUUGGACUCUCAGAACGACACUGUACAUUGUCUUGUACAAUACUCUCUAUGUCCUGGGUGUUGGUCAGUGUUGUUUAAGAAAAACAUCAGUGGUAUUUAUAAGAUGUCCUAUUCAAGGAUAUUAAAUAAAUGGUUUGCA